AUGGCAGGCAGCAUUGCGAGACCCAGGGGCCCCUUCUCUCAACUCUCUCGGGCGUUUCCACGACCCUUCCCGGGCUACCCGCGCCUGGCUGCCCCUCGGGGCUCUGGCCCCCAAAUCUCCCCGCCGCUGCCGCCGGUCCCGCCUAUCCGGCCCCGGCGGCGGGCGGGGGUAGGCGAAGCCAAGAAGGGUCUGAAAGGCUGCACCCUAAGGAUGCUCUGGGCUGGACAGACUAAGGGGAUACUGGGCGGCUGGGGGAUCAUCUGCUUGGUGAUGUCUCUGCUCCUCCAGCACCCAGGAGUCCACAGCAAGUGCUACUUCCAAGCUCAAGCCCCCUGCCACUAUGAAGGUAAAUAUUUCACCCUGGGUGAAUCUUGGCUCCGCAAGGACUGUUUCCAUUGCACCUGUCUGCAUCCCGUCGGUGUGGGCUGCUGUGACACGUCCCAGCAUCCUAUCGAUUUCCCGGCUGGGUGUGAGGUACGUCAGGAGGCAGGAACCUGCCAGUUCUCCCUGGUACAGAAAUCUGACCCCCGGCUGCCCUGCAAAGGGGGAGGGCCCGACCCAGAGUGGGGCUCAGCUAACACCCCUGUUCCUGCGGCUCCUGCUCCCCACUCCAGCUAA